UUAUGGCUGACGACACAGAAACUAAGCAUGGAGGAAGCAAGAAUGGAAAGAAAGAAGGUCUCUCUGGAAGCUCAUUUUUCACCUGGUUUAUGGUAAUUGCUUUGCUGGGAGUUUGGACAUCGGUAGCAGUUGUCUGGUUUGAACUUGUAGAUUAUGAAGAAGUUCUAGGCAAGCUUGGGAUAUAUGAUGCUGAUGGAGAUGGAGAUUUUGAUGUGGAAGAUGCUAAAGUAUUGCUAGGCCUUAAAGAAAGAUCUGUCCCAGCACAGCCAACAUCACCAGAAUCUGAGGAGACCGUACAGCCUGCUGAGAAGUCGUAUGCUGAAUCAGAGCACAAGAAUGGUGACGUAGACUUGGAAGAGGAAAUUCAGUCUGUUCUUCAUGAAGCUCUCCAUUCCCAGCCUGGAGAGAGACAUGAAGAUGUAGAUGAAAGUAUAAAUGACCAGUGGCAAGUGAAAGAAGAAAUACAUGGAGAAACUUUGGAAGCUCCGACAACAGAUGACUUGCUCAGAGAAUUAGAGAAUGAAAUGCCAGAAGCAUAUGAAACACCAGACUCAGUUCAGAAAGAUGCUGAUCUUUUGGCAGAUGAUCUUGGAGCAAUGGAGCCUGAACCCUAUGAAGCUCCAGUUUCAUAUGAAUAUGAUAUGGAUGUGGAAAAGACAGUAAGUGAUCCAGAAGCUCCAGGUGACUCUGAGCUAUUGCCAGAAGAUGCUAUGGAACAUUACACAGAGGAUAGAGUGCAUGGCGAUUAUAAUGAAGAGCAUGAACCAAAACAUGAAAAGCAGACUCAGAAUCAAGAUACAGCUGUUGAGAACCCUCCAGAGGAGGCGCAUGAAGCCACAGAGCCAGAUGAAAUUAUUGAAGAUUUUGAUACUGAUAAAGAGCUGUCAGUAGAAAGUAAGCAUACAGAAGAUGUUGUGGCCACUGAACCAGAGGAAUCAGAAAUACCUGUUCAAGCUGAGAAUUCAAAUGAUGAUCUAGUGGGGAAAAGUGAAAAAGAAACUCAACAAGACAAAACAGAAAAAGCUAAAAAGAAGAAGCCAAAACUCUUAAACAAGUUUGAUAAGACCAUCAAAGCUGAACUAGAUGCUGCAGAAAAACUACGUAAAAAAGGAAAAGUUGAAGAAGCUCUAAGGGCCUUUGAAGCAUUAGUGAAUCAAUAUCCACAGAGUCCUCGAGCAAGAUACGGGAAAGCACAGUCUGAAGAUGACUUAGCCGAGAAAAUGAGAAGUAAUGAGAUGCUGCAAAAAGCUAUCAACACCUAUGAUGAGGUGGCUGGCCUGCCAAAUGUCCCUUCAGAUCUGAUAAAACUGAGCUUGAAAAGAGAAGCAGACAGGCAACAGUUUCUUGGUCGCAUGAGGGGUUCCCUGGUUACCCUGCAGAAAUUAGUUCAGCUGUUUCCUGGUGAUACUUCAUUCAAGAAUGACCUUGGUGUUGGUUACCUCUUGAUAGGCGAUAACAGCAACGCCAAGAAAGUAUAUGAGGAGGUUCUAAGCCUGGCUCCAAAUGAUGGCUUUGCCAAAGUACAUUAUGGCUUCAUCCUGAAGGCAGAAAACAAGAUAGCAGAGAGCAUACCCUAUCUAAAGGAAGGACUAGAGUCUGGUGACCCUGGCACAAACGAUGGACGCUUUUAUUUUCAUCUGGGUGAUGCCUUGCAGAGAAUGGGAGACAAAGAGGCAUACAAGUGGUAUGAGCUCGGGUACCAGAGAGGUCACUUUGCAUCAGUUUGGCAGCGCUCCCUCUACAAUGUCAAGGGACUGAAAGCUCAGCCUUGGUGGACAGCGAAGGAAACUGGUUAUACGGAACUGGUGAAGUCCUUAGAAAAAAACUGGAAGCUCAUUCGGGAUGAAGGACUUGCUGUGAUGGAUAAAAAAAGAAGCCUCUUCCUGCCUGAAGAUGAGAAUCUACGAGAAAAAGGAGACUGGAGCCAGUUUACCUUAUGGCAACAAGGAAGAAAAAAUGAGAAUGCUUGUAAAAGUGUUCCGAAAACAUGUGCUUUAUUGGAAAGAUUCCCGGAAGCUACUGGCUGCAGAAGAGGGCAGAUCAAAUAUUCUGUCAUGCACCCGGGGACUCAUGUCUGGCCCCACACGGGGCCCACCAAUUGUCGGCUGAGGAUGCAUUUGGGCUUGGUGAUACCUAAGGAAGGCUGCAGAAUUCGGUGUGCCCAAGAGAACAGAACCUGGGAAGAAGGGAAAGUUCUCAUUUUUGACGACUCUUUCGAACAUGAAGUAUGGCAGGAUGCUGAAAAUUAUCGCCUGAUAUUCAUUGUGGAUGUGUGGCACCCUGAGUUAUCGACACAACAGAGACGCACCCUUCCUGCUAUUUAAGGUGUUCCGAGGAGCUUUGGAGUAUGCAAGUAGGAUUCAUUUAUCCGACAUACAAAGAAUACAAGUAUUGUAAGGGCUAGAAAAGACAAGGACGACAUUCUGCAAUCACAGAGGACUUGAUUUAAAAAAAGGAAAAAAA